AGAGAGGUAAGUAGCUUUGUAUUCCUCAAGCUUCAUUUCCGUUGUUUGAAUCCAAUUGCAGAAUGUUAGGGGGUGCUGUAAGAGCUUCAACAAAUCAUAGACAACACUAUUUUCUCGAAAACCCUUCAUUAUUAUCAUCUCCCAGACACAUCUCAUCAAGCAAAAGCAAUGGAAAUGCAAAUCAACACUCAUUUACUGUUUCUUACCUCGUUAACAAAUGUGGGUUUUCACUAAAAUCUGCAUUAGAAGCUUCUAAACGUGUCCAUUAUGAAACUCCACAUAAACCCGAUUCUUUACUUAGCUUCUUCAAGGACCAUGGCUUCUCAGAGAACCAAACUUUAAAACUUACCAGAAAAUGCCCUGAACUGCUUUUGUACAAUCCUGACAAAACCCUUUUACCCAAACUUGAGUUUUUGUAUUCUAAAGGUGUUUCAACCGCUGAUGUUGCUAAAAUCAUAUCCUUCUACCCUUGGAUUUUGAGAUGCAGCUUAGAAAACCAGUUAGUCCCUACUUUUGAUUUUUUGAAAAAUUGGUUCCCGAAUGAUACCAUUGUUCAAGUAUUCAAAAGUACUCCUCUUGUUCUUCAACUUAAUCCUGUAACUGUGAAAUAUAUUUCCCAGAUUUUGCGAGAUAAUGGAGUGCCUGACAAGAAUAUUGUUAUGCUAGUUCGUAGCCACCCUAAAACAUUGUUGUUGAGUCCAAAGAAAUUUAACAUGGUGCUGUGCAAAGUGAGGAAAAUGGGAUUAGAUCCUUGCAAGAGUCAAUUUGUCGUUGCGAUCCUAGCAUUGACGUCCAUGAGCAGAUCCACAUGGGAAAAGAAACUUGAUGUAUAUAGGAGAUGGGGUUUGUCCCAUGAAGAGAUUCUUGCAGCAUUUGCAAAGUCUCCGUGGUUUAUGACCCUAUCUGAAGAGAAGGUUGUGGCAGUGAUGGAUCUUUUUGUCAACAAAUUGGGCUGGGAAUCUUCUUUUAUUGCCAAAAACCCAACACUUGUCUCGUAUAGCUUGGAAAAGAGGCUCACUCCAAGGGCUUCGGUUUUGCAAUUUCUAGUGUCUCAAGGUUUGAUUGAGAAGAGUUUCAGAAGCACUACAUUCUUCAUUGCAUCUGAAAAUAAGUUCCUGCAGCAGUUCAUAAAUCAGCGUGCUGAAUCGACCCAGAUAUUGAAACUGUACCAGGAGAAAUUGAAUCUUUCAAGAUAAAGGAUCAUAGAUGAAAAGGGUACAGUGGUUUUCUUGCAGUUCUAAGCUCUUUCACAUUUUAAUCACAAUCACCACACUUUUCCUUUGAUUGUUUCAACUGAUCUAAUCGUGUCCUUUGUUUCUAAUUUCACCAUUUGAUUUGGAUGGAAAGGAUAGAUUGAGGUCUUGCAGUUCUAAACUCUUAUUAUUUUUCUUGAUUUAAUUCCAGUUGUAAAAGUACUGUAAAUGAGUUAUUGAAUUCUUUGUUUUCAUCCAGAUUGAAUCUUAUGCUCAACAACAGUUCUUAUGGUCA